AUGACCCUUGUUACAUUCCCGUCAAAGAAAAAACAAACACUUAGAUUCUUGGAUUUUAUCAAAGUCGACCCCGCUGAUGCUGUUGAAGUUUUUAAUUCCUGCGAUGGUUUAGUUCUUUGUCGCAAUCGCAGCGCCAAUCGCAUCCGUGAUAAUUACAUGGUGUGUAACCCAACUACAUGGGAAUUCAAAACUCUUCCAAGCCCAAAGGUAGGCUCACCAAACUUUACUUUGGCCUUUGACCAUUCAAUAUCACCUCAUUACAAAGUUAUAUGUGUUGGGCUCCAUUUCUUGGGUCUCGAAGAAGGUGUUGAGUUGUGUUUCCCUAUCGAAAUACACUCUUCAGUUACCAAUUCCUGGAGGCUAUCUCAAGCCCAGUUUCCCAAUACUUAUGGAGACUAUUUGUAUCAUAGUAAGCGAGUUUUCUUCAAUGGAGCUGUCUAUUGGAUAUGUAAAGAGGUAAAUAGCUUUUGCUAUUUUGAUAUUGAUAGGGAAAUUAUCCAAUCUUCUCAAAUCCCAGAAAUGGAUGAACAGUACUUUUGUGGGUGUAUCCAUGGGAAUUUACAUCUGGUUGGAUCUUCAGUUGGACAGAUAUAUCGUAUUAACAUCUUCGUGUUGGGAAAUGACUACUCCUCUUGGAGCCUAAAGUAUCGCAUUGAUCAACAUAAACUAACUUUACAUGGAUCUCGGUAUAUGGUUUAUGGUCCAAGAUGUACAGGAGAUUUUUCAUUUCUUGAUGUUUCAUUUACCGUGCUUUCUCUUCUGGCAAGAGAAGGGAAUCAGGAACCAUAUUUGGACCUCUACCAACCGCAUGAAACUAAACUUUUCAGAUUAAAAGAUAGAACUUAUUGGAAGUUGCCAUUUCCUUCGGUUCAUCAGUUGAUUGAGAAUCCAUUCUGGAUAGGAAGCAAAAUGAGUAACAUAUGCCAGUAG